CAGAGUGAGACAGAGAGACACUCAAACAGAGAAAGUGUAGAAUAGAGGAUGGAGUCUGUGUGAACGAGGGUACAGAGUAUCUGAAGGUAUAACUUCCUGUAGUCAAGAAGUUGCCCUUCAUACAUGCAUGGUCCUGGUCCUGUGAUUGGACAAUUCAACUCUAAAGCCGAAUCAAUUGAAAAUGAAUCCAACGACUGAAUUGCGCUGAGGACACCUGGACACACUUUCCCAGCACAUUCUGGGAUGGAGAGACACUCUCAAAUUCCAUGGCAGGAGUGCCGCUACCUGGAUCUGAAGUCCAAUGCAAAAAAACAAGAGACUAACAAAAGGAUGGAGGAUCCCAGUUGGUUAUGCAAGCACAAGACAUUGCUGCAAAGGUUUUUGUCUACCUCCAUCUUAGUGAAUGUGGUCCAUCACAUGAGAAAAACAGACAAACUCAGCGCACAAGAGGCGGGGCUUAUCCAGGAAAUGGGCUCUUUGAGGGAUAAAGUGCAUUCAUUGGUCGAGUUCCUAUCUGUCACGGAUCCUCAAGGCGCCAUCCUUCAGUCAUACCUUCGAAAGUCUCACCCUAUCGAGUAUAACCUCAUAACCGUACAUGACUCUGUGGUUCAUCAGCAUAAAGAUGCUCUCCUUCAGCGACUUAAAGUAGAAAAUGAAAAUUCUUCGUACCAAGGCAUUGGUAGCUCAUAUAGCUCUACGCUCCUACUCAUAGAGAGUGUUUCUGACCUCCAACAACGAGAGCAUGACCUCAUACAAGUGUCAGUAAACAGAGGGGCGGGACCUCUUCACGGUCGAGCGCUGGGAUUGGACAAAUUGAUUGCACCUUUGACGAGGGUUAGCACCGCCCCACGAGUGACAUUGACAGUAGGCGUGGCUGGUAGCGGGAAGAGCCGAUUGGUCCGCCGUUUUAUCCGCAUUUGGAGCGGCGGGCAGAUCUAUCCAGACCUGAGUCUCGUAAUCCCUAUCCCUUGCUGGGAGUUGAGCAGUUUCGAUCGCUUAUCUGUUGAGCGCAUGCUGCGAUUGUUUGUUCCAUACGAUAACAUGGAUGUAAUUGUUUUUAACGAAGCCUGCAAAGUUCUACUCAUCUUUGACGGAUUGGAAGAAUUCCGUCAGCCUCUUGAUUUCGCAGAUGCACCGCCCACUAGCGACCCUCGGCGGGAAAUUCCCAUUUCGGACCUCAUUACAAAUAUUGUUCGUGGUAACCUCUUGCCAGGGGCAACGCUUUGGCUUUUGUCAAGGCCUGGCAUUGGGGCGAAAGUGCCGGCAGGACUGGUCGAUCGUGUAACGGAAGUCUCGCCUCUAUCGCAAACGCAAAUAAAGGAUUAUGUUAAUCAUUGUAUUACUAACACACUGGAUGUGUACUCUUUACCGGAAGAGAACUCAAAAUCAGGAACAUCAAGUCUUAGCGAUUCUCACACCUACAUACCCGAUGAUGUCUCCUUCCAGGUGUGGACAUACCUGAAUUCCCAGAAACCAUUGCUCAUUUUAUGUACCGUGCCCGCUAUCUGCCAUAUUAUCGUAACAACUCUUUCUCGGCUUCAGAAGGGGGAAACAGAUGCAGCUUCCCUUCCUAGGACCCUAACAGAGGUCUACGCCCACUUCUGUUGGCCACACAUCUCCAUUCCUGAUUCGGGAUCCAGUGGUAGUAUCAGAAAGCCCCUGAGUACGUUGGGUCGUUUGGCGUUCUAUAGUGUGUUACGUCGAAGCCAUACGUUCAGUGAGACUGAAUUGCGAACUUACGGGUUUGAUGUACCACCUCAGGUAGGGACUUUUGGCUAUCGAAUCCUCCGGCGUAAGCGAAGCUGGUCGUCCGAUAAUGUGGCGUGGCAGUUCAAGCACACUUCCAUGCAGGAAUUCCUGGGAGCGUUGUUUUACUACGUUUCUUCGAGGCGUGGAAUGUUUGAUCUGUUCUCGGAAAGUGCCGUCUCCUGGCCACGUAUUGGUUUCCAUAGCCACUACCGUGCUGCACUGCAGAAAACCAAUCAGUCAGAUGUCGCAGCCCAAGGCAACCUCGACCUUUUCAUGCGAUUUCUGUCUGGACUGUUGUCGCCAACGACAAGUGCUUUGCUGGGUGGUCCGCUGGGUGUUGGACGAGAGGAGCAGUUGACCCAGCGCACAAUGGCGACAAGCUUGCUUCAGAAUGCAGUGACCGCGUCAGGAGGCGACGCCGUCAGCAUGCGCAGUGUCACCAUGGUUAUGUGUCUGGCAGAGCUGCAGCAGGGGGAGUGGCUAAGGUCAGUGGAGGAGGAUCUACUUAACUGCGACCUGCGGGGAAAGUUAAAAGGUGGACUUUGUUCUGUGCUUGCAUACUUGUUGCAGGUUUCAGAUGCAUGUACUGACGAGGUGCAACUGUCCAAUUGCCUAGACUCCUCCUCCCUGAAAAGGCUCCUCCCACAGCUCCUGUACUGUAGUAAGCUAAGAAUGGAAAACAAUGAAUUUAAGGAAGGUGCAAUGGAAUUAUUGGGAAGUUUGCUGAGCGCCAAAGAGUGUCAUAUUCAGACCCUCAGUCUAGCUGAGAACUCAAUAAGCAGUAAAGGAGUCAAACCACUCAGUCGAGCUCUUCUUGUCAACAGAACCCUCACAACUCUCGAUCUCCGUGGUAACAACAUCGGUGCCAAGGGAGCAAAGACAUUGUGCGAGGCCCUAAAAAUGAACCAGGUCCUUGUCACAGUCAAUCUGCAGAGUAAUCAAAUUGAGGAUGAUGGUGCCCGUGCGCUGGCCGAGGUUCUUCAGUCAAACCGAAAGCUCACCACAUUGAAUAUUCAGAAGAACAACAUCGGACCAGACGGAGUGAAAAAAAUAGCAGAUGCGCUCAAGAAGAAUCAAACUCUACAGGACCUAAAUGUUUCCAGCAAUCAUUUAGGUGAUUUUGGGACAGUGGCUCUGGCUCAAGCUCUUAUGGACAACCACACAGUCCACACACUCAGUCUUCAAAGUAACUCUGUUAGCGACAGAGGAAUUAAAACUCUCUCACAUGCUCUUCAAUCAAACCGAGGACUCAGCAGUCUGAAUCUAAGGGAGAAUUCAAUAGGAGUUGCAGGUGCCAAAGAUAUCGCCAAAGCCUUAAAAGUCAACACCUGUCUCAGAGAACUUGAUCUGACAGCUAAUCUUCUUCAUGACGAGGGGGUGACCGCUAUCGCUGAAGCCAUUAGGGUCAACAGAGCGAUCACUUCAUUACAUCUCCAGUGGAACUUUAUGAAGGCCGGAGCGGCUAAAUCCCUUUCACAGUCUCUCAUGAGCAACACCUGCAUUCAGCUGCUGGAUCUGCAGGAGAACGCUCUGGGUGAUAAUGGUGUCAUUUCACUGGCCAGUGCACUGAAGACAAACUCCUCUCUCAAUGUCCUCUAUCUUCAGGGUGUAUCUGCAGGUAAAGCAGGGGCUGUGGCGCUAGCUGAAGCUCUGGUGGUCAAUGAAACCCUUCAUACACUAGAUCUCCGUGGCAACUCCAUUGGGAUGGAGGGAGCGAAGGCGUUUUCCAGCGCUCUGAAGAUUAACAGGAAUUUGAGAAGUCUCAAUCUACAGGAGAAUUCUCUGGGGAUGGAUGGAGCGAUCUUCAUUGCCACAGCGUUGAGAGGAAACCAUCAGCUCACUUACAUCAAUCUCCAGGGUAAUGGCAUCGGCGAGUCAGGGGCAAAGGUCGUCUCUGAUGCCAUCAAAGCUGGUGCGCCAGAGUGUGUGGUGGAUAUCUAGCAUGCAAGCAUACUCUCAACAAAGCAAACAGUGUAUAAAGUAAAUUAAUGUAUAUAUUUAUUCCCUGUAAUAAUAUAAUUUUAUUUGAUUUGACAGUACUGACAGAGAUAUUACCUUAAUUAAAGACAAUUACAACAAUUUGACUUUCAAUUAAAUUUAUCCGAUUUACAAA